GGUGUUGUUCUUCCCUUUCUGUCAGCAUGCAUCGGCGGUCCGCACGAGCCCACAAAACAUCCUGGUCAGCGUUUCCUCGAAAUCCAUUGCAAGAUCCCAUAUAUCUUGCCUUUGGAUCCCCAUAAACCCUUUGAAUUCACAUUUUAAGCUCGCUGGAAUGUCUGGGAAUUUACGAUUGCUGGGACUCGCGCCGACCCGCCCGUCCGUGGGGGAAACAGGUGGUGGGAGAGACGACCUCACGGUGCCGGCAUUGUUGCUCGUCCGCAUCCAAGCGCCCCCAAUUAUCCAACGGCCUGGAUCGGUACAGGGUUCGCCAGCCCUCAUGCGUCCUUGUCCGUCUUCAAUCAGGAAUUUCUUUAUUGCCUCGACUCCAGGAAUACCACAACCGUCAUCUGACGGUGCUCUUGUGCAUGGAGCCACUCCUCCUGCGCUUACUCGGUCCUGCCCAUUGCCCGAGCCACAGUCGACAGCUGUUCACUUCAUUUCCAUCCUAGGCGCGUUGAGACGUUGACUCUGCGCGCCGUCGCAGAAUGCUGCACAGUGUGAAUUGUCAGUUUCUGUAUGGACAGGCAGUGCACCAAGGGUUUGGGACAGUGGCGACGGGGACGGGCAAGGUCCAUGCCAUCCUGAUCUGUCCAUUGGAGUUAUGCGGCAUCCUGGACCGGAGUUGUGUUGUUGUCUUGACUUGUCUUGCUGUGCCGCCUCGGCCACCGUUCUCGCAGCGAUUGCAGGGUGGGUUAUUUGCACAAGAAUAGCUUGCUCCGUUCGCGCCCUUCCACCACGUUGGUACCGUCUCAUUUCAAUGAGUGGUGAAAGAUGAACUUGGCGACACUUGGGAUCUACUGAUUCUCCCAACGCCACCUCCCCGAUGAAACCCAAAUAUGAGUGAAGGUGUGGUGU